UCCCACAAUGCCCUCUGAGACGUUAUUAGCCAUAUGGUUGGUUCUCGAUUCCUCGACUUCCCGCCGCUGAGUGUGACUGACUGUUGUAGCCCACUGCACAACGUUAAAUGAUGCCUAAGUCAAAAGAAGUGCUGUCUUCCACUUCAGGAAGUGGUUCAGACAGUGAUACAGAAACAAAGGCCAAAAGAAAGAGGGCAAGUGCUCCUGAGAAGCCUGCUAAAAAACAGAAAAGUGGAGAGACCUCCAAACCCAGCGGCUCUGCUAAGAGUGAUAGAAACAAUGAUGAUAACAUGUUCCAGAUUGGAAAGCUGAGAUACGUCAGUGUCCGAGAUUUCAAAGGCAAGGUUUUGAUUGAUAUUCGAGAGUACUGGAUGGACCAAGCUGGUGAGAUGAAGCCUGGAAAAAAAGGCAUUUCAUUGAAUCCUGAGCAGUGGAAUCAGCUGAAGGAACAAAUGUCGGACAUCGAUGAUGCAAUUAGAAGAUUGUAAGAGCUCUUUGUGCAGUGAAUGGUUGUCUGGUUCUUUUUAGAGUUCCAUACUUUGGUACACGGGGACUUUAACGAAAUGUUUCCUGUUUCAACUUGUGCUAUAUGUAUGCUGUUCAAUUUGAAGAGACUUUUUUUUUUGUUAUGUUAUUGUUCAUUUCCAGUUGUCUGCUGUUAAAUGUUGAUGUGUGUGAAUAGUAAGUCUUGACUGGGUGAUUUGUUAUUUUAAUAGUACAAUAGCUGCAUUGUUCUCAUACUCUGCCUACAUAAUAAAGGCUUUUUUGGUUUGGA